AUGAUACCAAUGUUCAACGACGUCGUUUACCGCGCCAAAACGAAAAAUCCCGGCCGCCCCUCGAACACCGAUGACGGCGAAAAACUGAUCCUCAAGGGCAUAACCGGGAUUGUCUGCCCGGGCGAAAUGCUCGCCAUGCUCGGCCCAUCGGGCAGCGGGAAGACGACCCUCCUGACCGCCCUCGGCGGCCGUCUGCCUGCCGCCCGCUUGGGCGGCUCCAUCACCUACAACGGCCGCCCAUUCUCCAACUCGGUCAGGCGCUCCACGGGAUUCGUCACGCAGGACGACAAUCUCUACCCCCACCUCACCGUCAAGGAAACGCUCGUCUACACCGCCCUCCUCCGCUUACCGCGCGCCCUCGGUACGGCCCGCAAGGUACAACACGCCGAGGCCGUGAUGGACCGGCUGGGCCUGCAACGGUGUAGGGACAGCGUGAUCGGUGGGGCCCACAAGAGGGGCGUGUCAGGUGGGGAGAGGAAGAGGGUGAGUAUCGGGCAGGAGAUGCUGGUCGACCCGAGUUUGUUGUUCCUAGACGAGCCCACGUCCGGUUUGGACUCGACCACGGCGCAGACGAUCAUCUCGACUCUUUUGGAUCUCGCAGAAGGCGGCGGGCGGACGGUCGUGAUGACGAUACACCAGCCGUCGAGCAAGCUUUUUUACAUGUUUCAUAAGGUGCUUUUGUUGUCGGAGGGGAGUACAUUGUAUUUUGGGGAGGGCGGCGCCGCGUUGGAUUAUUUCUCGGGUAUCGGGUUUGCGCCUUCCGUCACUAUGAACCCCGCCGAUUUCUUGCUCGAUCUUGCCAACGGAGUCACGACGAACGAUUUUCAGGAGGAUCCAGCGGCCGUGAAGCAUUCUCUGGUGUCGGCCUACAAAGCCAAGCUCUCUGAGUCCGUAAGAGCCGAAAUCGAGGCCUAUAGCAGCUACGAUCACGACUCCACCUUGAAUGAUAAGGAGUCAAACAAGUGGGCCAACUCUUGGUGGUCGCAAUUCACUGUGUUGUUCAAAAGAGGGCUAAAAGAGAAAAAACAUGAGACCUUCAAGGUUAUCAAGGUCUCGCAGGUCAUGGUCGUCGCUAUCAUAUCCGGCCUCCUAUGGUGGCAGUCGGAUAUCAGCAACUUACAGGAUCAGCAAGCAUCGGCGGAGGCGCGAAAGGGUUGCAGAUGCAGCCACCAAGCGAUCCCAUCCGGCCAAGGCAACAGCGGCGCAGCGGCCAUGAGAUGCACCGGGUCAUGGCCGCCGGCGGCCCCAACUCCCAAUAGAACGACGGCGUUGGCCAGACAGGUAGAGUUGAGUUGCGAAGUGAGGUGCAGGGUCGACUACCAUCAUGUCCUCCGAUGGCAGGCCUUGCCGGAGACAAUGAUGAUCCCCUGGCGGAGCCGUACUCUGGCAGCUACGCCCCCUCCGCAUCCUUUGAGGACAUGGCCAACGACAACACUUUUCUAA